AAGAUUUAUUCAAAGGAAUAUUUUCGCCCUCGUAAAAUUGGAACCUUGACGAUGCAUAUGUUGCAAAAUGUCAAAUCGGACCCAAAAAUAACGAGAUUUCUUAAGUGGGUUAAAGGAUGCUUUGAUGCAAUGAAAAAAGGAUAUUUGCGAGACAUCAUUGUCGCUGUACAACCGCCCGGACAAGAAGACAUUGGUAAAGCGUUGGAGAGUUAUACGUUUAGAAUAAAAUAUAGUGACGCUUGCAAUUUUGAAAGUAAUACAACGUUCGCCAAUAGCCGGUAA